GAAGAUACCUCAAAGAUCAUAUUACCCAGAGUUCAUGCUUGACCAGACUCAGACUUCAACAUCAAAUUCCUAAUCCGCCCUCGAGACAUCCACUCCUUCAAGUCACCGCCCAUCCCAGCACACACACAUAUAUAAGACACAGUCAGCAUGCCGCCGCCGCCGCCACCGCCGUCGCGGCGGAACGACUCCAAGGCAUCAGCCGCCUCCAAGGAGGAAAACAUCUACAUCCCGUCCUUCAUCAGCAAGCGGCCCUUCUACGCGGGCGAGGAAGGCGACGCGACCGACUACCUCGAGCAUCAGCGAUUACACAAGACCAAGGACGACCAGUCGAAAUGGUACGACCGCGGCAAGAAGCUCGGUCCCGCCGCCACCAAGUACCGCAAGGGCGCCUGCGAGAACUGCGGCGCCAUGACGCACAAGGCCAAAGACUGCCUCAACCGCCCCCGCGCGAAAGGCGCCAAGUGGACCGGAAAGGACAUACAGGCCGACGAAGCCAUCCAAGACGUCGAGCUCGGCUGGGAUGCCAAGCGAGACCGGUGGAACGGCUACGAUCCCAAGGAGUACCGCCGCGUCGUGGAGCGGUACAACCAUAUGGAUGAACUCCGUGCCCAGCUAUCCGAGGACAAGGAGAAGGAGGGCGGCGACGGCGAGGAGGAUAACAAGGACUCGGGCGAGAAAUACGCCGAGGAAUCUGACAUGGGACGACACCAGAGCACCGCGACGCGACAGCUGCGAAUACGAGAAGACACCGCCAAAUACCUCCUAAACCUAGACCUAGAAUCAGCCAAAUACGACCCCAAGACACGAACCAUGGUCGACGCCGGCGCCACAGUCGACAAGGCCGCACAGCUCUUCGCGGAAGAAGGGUACCUGCGCGCCUCGGGCGACGCCGCCGAGUUCGAAAAGGCGCAGAAGUACGCGUGGGAAAAACAAGAGAACAGCGGCGACACAAGCCAGCACUUACAAGCGAACCCCACAGCAGGCGAGUUCUACCGCAAGAAGGAGCGCGAAGAAGCCGAGCAGAAGCGCGCCGAGAAGAUCAAGGCGCUCCAGGACAAAUACGGCGGCGACCAGCACGUCAUGCCGGCCGCCCUGCGCGACGCCGCCGUGACCGAGUCGGAGCAGUUCGUCGAGUACGACGAGUCGGGCCUGAUCAAGGGCGCGCCCAGGACGUCGGCCAAGUCCAAGUACGCGGAGGACGUCUAUGUGAACAACCACACCUCGGUAUGGGGCAGCUGGUGGUCCAACUUCAAAUGGGGCUACGCGUGCUGUCAUUCUUUUAUUAAAAAUAGCUACUGUACGGGUGAGGAGGGUAAAGGGGCCUGGGAAGCGGCCGAGAAGCAAAGGGCGGGCGUUGAUCUAAUCGAAGAAGCACCUGCUCGGGAUGAAGAGGCAGAGAAAAAGAUGGACGAAGCCGAACCUACACAACAACCAAGCAAGAAGCGCACGGUAGAAGAGAUGAUGGGUGGGAUUUCAGAAGCCGAGUUAGACGAGUAUCGCAGGAAGCGCACAGCGGCAGAUGAUCCCAUGGCAAAGUUUUUAGGGAAUGAUGAAUUAGUUCGGUAGUAUUGGCAUAUCACUAAGCAAUAUUAUAAUACA